CUUUAACGUAUUAUAAAGCAUUAUCUGUCCGUUGUUUGAGUAGAUAGGUUUUAGACAUUUGUGCUUAAAGAUUUACGUUAAUACUUUUCUAUUUGUACACAAUGAACGGAAAUGUUAAAGUGAUAGAAAAUAGCUUAGGGACACCUAAUUUUCGCAAAGGAUCAUACAUAGCUCCUCUUGAUGAAGAAUCCAUCACGCUAAUAUUUUCACCUGGAAAUGAUAGUGUCGGAACUCUGGCCAAGGCAUUGAAACUCUUCAAGGAAUACAAUGUGAACCUGUUGCAUAUCGAAUCCCGGUCGUCAGACAGGAUACCGGACCAGUAUGAGUUUUUCGUCGAAUGCGCACCUGGUGGUAACGUGCCCAAAGUGGUGGAAAUAUUGAAGGGCACGAUGACGUACUGUUCCGUAGUAUCUAGAAACAAUCUCAACGAUAGCAAAGUGAAAGAUAAAUAUGUACCAUGGUUUCCGUUGCGGAUCCGAGAUUUGGACAAGUAUGCCAAUCAGAUUUUAUCACACGGAGCCGAACUGAAUGCCGAUCAUCCCGGAUUCACAGAUCCUGUGUAUAGAAUGAGGAGGAAGUAUUUGGCCGACACCGCGUUGAAUUAUAGGCACGGAGAUCCAUUACCUCGUAUCGAAUACACAGAACAAGAAAUAAAGACGUGGGGCACUGUGUUCAGAGAACUAACUAAACUGUAUCCGACGCAUGCGUGUAAUGAAUAUAAUCAUUUAUUUCCCUUAUUCGUUGAAAAUUGUGGUUAUAGAGAGGACUGCAUACCGCAAUUCGAGGAUAUUUCUAAUUUUCUUAAGGAUAGUACCGGAUUCACUUUAAGGCCUGUUGGUGGGCUUCUUUCAUCCAGAGAUUUCUUAGCAGGGCUAGCUUUCAGAGUAUUCCAUUCCACACAGUACAUCAGACAUCAUAGUCGGCCGUUGUACACGCCUGAACCUGACAUUUGUCAUGAACUGUUGGGCCACGUACCGUUGUUCGCUAAUCCAGCUUUUGCACAAUUCUCUCAAGAAAUUGGACUAGCGUCGCUUGGCGCCCCUGACGAUUAUGUUAAAAAAUUGGCCACGUGUUAUUGGUUCACUGUCGAGUUCGGAUUGUGUCGUCAGAACGGUGAGCUUAAAGCGUAUGGCGCUGGACUACUGUCAUCAAUCGGCGAACUCCAAUACUCGCUUUCGGGCAAACCGGAGCUGAAACCGUUCGAUCCUGAGGUGACUGGCAAACAGGAGUAUCCAAUCACUGAGUACCAGCCCACGUAUUUUGUCGCCGAGAGCUUCGACGACGUCAAAGACAAACUUAUAAAAUUUGCAAAAACAAUACCGAAAAAAUUCGGAAUCCGAUAUAAUCCCUACACGCAGAGCGUACAGGUGCUGGACUCGAAACUGCAACUGCAAGAGUUGGCCAGCAACAUCAGCAACGAACUUAGGAUAUUGCGUUACACGCUCAACAAGAUGGAUUGAACACUCUACUAGCAUCUCCAUUACCUGUGUAUAAUAUAUAUAUAUAUAUAUACAUAUAUGAAUAAAAACAAUUUUGUUUCCCAUUA